GCUGCGUAUUAGGGUUCGUGGCGCACUUUCUAUAAGUACGAAACUAAUAACGCCUUCCUCCGAUCGAGUGCUUCAGCCGCCAGUGGCUCCGAGGGGAGGGGAGGAGGGGGAAGGCGGAGACGACGAUUUCAAAAUCUUGGACAUGGUGGUUUUUAGGUUCCAUCAGUAUCAAGUGGUCGGUAGAGCUCUCCCUUCGGCGACCGAUGAGCACCCGAAGAUCUACCGAAUGAAGCUGUGGGCUACGAACGAGGUCCGCGCCAAAUCCAAGUUCUGGUACUUCUUGAGGAAGCUUAAGAAGGUUAAGAAGAGCAACGGACAAGUGUUGGCGAUCAACGAGAUUUUUGAGCGGAAGCCCACUAAAAUCAAGAACUAUGGCAUCUGGCUUCGAUAUCAGAGCAGAACAGGUUAUCACAACAUGUACAAGGAAUAUCGUGAUACUACUCUCAAUGGUGCUGUUGAACAGAUGUAUAAUGAGAUGGCUUCACGUCAUCGAGUAAGGUAUCACUGUAUUCAGAUAAUUAAAACAGCUACAAUACCUUCUAAGCUUUGCAAGAGGGAGAGCACUAAGCAGUUCCAUGAUUCCAAAAUCAAGUUUCCUCUAGUGUUUAAGAAGGUUAGACCUCCAAGCAGGAAGCUGAAAACCACGUACAAGGCGUCAAGGCCAAACUUGUUUAUGUAAUUCUUAUUCAGAAUUGCCUAUUUUUGGAGCUCUAUCAGUAACAAGAUGUAGAAAUUAUAAUGAGGUCAAAGCUCAUGUAGUUUUGUUUUUCAAACAAAAAACAUUGUUCAUUAAACACUGCAUAUGAUUUUCCAUUGUGCUAUUGAACAUAUUUCAGUGUAUUGUCUUUGGAGGAUUAUGUCUUAGUUUCUAAGACAUAUUUGGUAGUUUAUGCAAAAGCUGAGGCUUGAGGUUCAUUAGUUUUGCUGGUCAUGUGCACUACUCUGAACCUGAUGCAUGAGGCUCCUGUCUGAGCAUUAAUGUAAAGCAGCCUCACCCCAUGAAGUAGAAAGGCUGUUUUCAUAACUCGAGCCUAAGCUACCUAAAUUUCAAAGGAGCAAGCUUAAUGUUGUAGGUUCAUCCUGCAUUUUCCCUUUGAGCUAGUUAUCUAAAAAUAAUUUGUUCAGGCAUCACAUUGAAUAGGCACCUUAUCUCUCGUCCUGCAUGUUUUCUGUAUGUUUUUUUCGUUUGUUUCCUCUGUAGUACCAUGAUUCAUGUCCAUAUGUAUUGACAUAGCUUCUAGGACAUGAGUUGCUGCACAAACUUGUAGUAUUUAUUUUAGACAAUUCUUUUUUGAGAUUGCAUGUCAAUUCUAUAGUCUAUGUUCUAUAAUUAGCUUCCACAAGUAUGCAUUUCCUAUGUAUCUCUACUACACUCUUUUUGUAAUAUGUGUUGUCUUAAAUAUGCUAGUUUUCGAUGUUUUUUCAAGAAAGUAUGUAAAGUCAUAUUUCCCACUGGCAAUUAAGCAACUGCAUUGCAUCUCUGAUGGCUAGAUGGAUAUUGACAUUUGUAGAAGUUGACAAGUUUUGCCUUGAGUGGCUUUUGAAAAUCAUGGGUAAGGAGCUUGUUUAAUUGUUAGAUUUUGUCAAGUCUUUCACAUGGCCUUAUGCCUAAGUGGGUUGUGCUGUAUGAGCUUAACAUGGGCAUACAUUGAAAACAUUUUUUUUGGAUAUUGUUAUGGUUUCUCAUAGAUCUAUUUCUUUGUUAAUCUGUACUGAUUGAAAUAAAGCAUUUAGAAUAUCUGAUUGCAUUAUUCAGUCACUGCUCUGAACCCACUUCCAUGGUUUUGUGUGUUUGAACAAAUGUGAGUCUGAUGUACCAACAAAAUAAAUGCCGUUGUAAGAUGGUUCUAAGAUAUAAACUUAGUGAGUUUUGCCACAUUGUUUGUCACUUUUUUUUUCUCCUUGUUGCAAAUGCUUCCCACUUUUGUUAUUUUGUUCCAGAAUAUUUAAUCCAUAGUUCUAUUCAUAACUAAGAUUGGUUUUGCUCAAAUUUUUUGGUAUGCCUUUUGAUCAUUGGAAAUGUUGGAACUUGAAGAAUUUGAUUUACGGGAGCUUUGAUUGGCAAAUCCAAUUAUUGAUAUCUUAGGAGGUGAAUUAACCUCUUCUAAAAGCCUGAAAGUGUUGCUAGAUGGCAACAUUGCUGAUGUUACCAAGUUGAUUUCCAUUUCCUUCUUUUUCCUGUUGCCCAGAUCUCUCAGCAUGUCUGGUGUUUGUGUUCCCUUUACCUUCUUGUUGGUUAAUGAGAAACUUAGCUUCUUAGAUCUAAUUGUCAACUUAGUCUUUUGUUAUCCUGGUAAUUUGAUUAAUUUAUAAGCCCAAAAGUGUUGCUAGACGACAACUUUGCCGAGGUUACCAAGUUCUUUCGGUAUCCUUUUUUUCCCUGUUGCCCAAAUCUCAUGGCAUUGCUGGUUGAUGUAUUCCAUUUACCUUCUUGAUGGUUAAUGGUAAACUCAGCCGCCUACAUUUAACCUUCAACUCUUAGUCUUCUCUUUUCCUGGUUUAUAAGCCCAAAAGUGUUACUAAAUGGCAACUUUGCCGAGGUUACCAAGUUCUUUGGGUAUCCUUUUUUUUCCCUGUUGCCUAAAUUUAUCGGCAUUGCUGGUGUUUGUGUUCCAUUUACCUUCUUGAUGGUUGAUGGUUAAACUCACCUGCCAACAUUUAACCAUCAACUUAAAGUCCUUUCUUAUCCUGGUUUAUAAGCCCAGAAGUGUUGCUAGAUGGCAACUUUGCCGAGGUUCUCAAGUUCUUUGGGUAUCCUUUUUUUCCCUGUUGCCCAAAUCUCUUGGCAUUGCUGGUGUUUGUGUUCCAUUUACCUUCUUGAUGGUUAAUGGCAAACUGGCCUGCCUACAUUUAGUUAUCUGCUUUAUCUUUUCUUGUCUGUUAAUUUACAUCAAGUUGCUAUUGUCUCAUAUAGUUCACGCAGUUCACAUUUAAUUGACAAAUAUAUGAUUAGUCUCUCAUAUUUUUAGACUGCCAGUUUGCAAAUUUCAAGCCUUAAAUGUUGCAUAUGACUAUCCCUGUUGUUUGUCUGUGCUUCUCUCUUUCUCUGUUCCUCUCUCUGUCUUGAGUGGUUUUCCAUCCUCUUUAUCCUGCUGUUGCUUGUUAAUGGUGAUCUGUGUGUUCGAUUAUGGAUAUCCUUUGCUUUCAGUUUAUUUAGCACUCAUAUAACAUGUCAAAGUAUAUUGGCAAUUGUUCCGAUGGUUUCCACAUCUGUGACAUAUAACAUGUCUUCUUGUUCUUUUCUGUUUCAUUGUGUAUUUGAUCACAUUGCGUGCUCUAUUUUUAGAAAACACAGAUUCUUCUCGCAAUGCCUUGAAAACAAACAAUUAUGAGAGUCGAAUUGAUGACAUCAACGGCGGAACCCGCCGAGGCACUGCUCUGUUGAUGCCGAGAGACGGGAUCUUGGCCCGAAAGAAAGAAAAGGUGAACAGAGUUGAUCGAUGAUAUGACUGAUGAUGAGGCUUGAGGAGGAUGACUUGGAUGAUCUUGGCUUUGUUCUUGCUGGAGGUGGUCCAGAGCUCAAUUAGCAAUUGAUUUCAUCGCUGUCAUAGAAAUAAGCUUGGGAUGUUUUAUCUCUUUUCGUUUUACAUUUAAUCUGUUCUCUGAGCUCGACUCUUUUGUGCACCCUCGAAAUAAACACAGAUUAACUUGAAUUAGCAUUCUAAAGGUUUUAGUA